AUGAAAAUAAUAUAAUUAUUAAAAUUAUUAUAUAUAUGCACUCCAAAUUUUAGAAAGAAAUAUUACAAUUUUAUAGAUCAGUAAUUAAGUGGGUCAAUCUUAAGCCAGAGCCACCAAAAUCAUCUAUAAAAUAAUAUGUUUUUAAUGAAUAUAGAUAGAAUUAAAGUAUUCCUAAAAAGAAAUAUGAUAGAGUACCUUUUAAUAAUUAAUAUCUAGAUUGAAUUUCUAUUUAGAUAAGGAAAGAAUAAAUAUGAAAUAUGUAAGGUAUAUAAUUUUAAUAUCAUAAAGAUGCAAAAAUUGA